CGACAGCGCUUAAAGUAUAAAUGCCUGCGUUGCGGCGCGAGAGACCGCAUUUCAAAACGAGUCUACAGACGUGUCGAAGCAGAAAGUGCUGUGUACUUGACGCCCCCAGAAAAGCAAAAAAUAAUUUUUGUGUUUUUUUUAAUGAAAAAAACUGUAGUUAACAAAUAUUGCAUGUUUGUUGCAUAGAAAAGUGGUGGAAAGUAAAUUUAUUGAAACGGAAAAGCGACUUUGAUCAAACUCAUAACGGAAGCGCACACGGCAUAUGUUUGUGUGUGUGUAUAUAUCCAAACUUGUAAAGCGCAAAGUUUAAUUCGACGAUUUUGGUGCGAAAAAAGUGUAAAUUACAAAAACAACUUUGAAAACAAAAUCAAUACAAAUUUGCUUGAACACUUUUGAAAUAUCUGAAAUAGCGAAACCGUUAAACGACACAAAGCAGCGACGACUUACCUAACGACAACGCACAGUUUCAGCAUAUUUACGUCACUUUCUUGUUAUUUUUGGAACGUUUUGUGCGUUUUUUUCUUCACACAAUUUCCUACACAACUUGUCUAUCGUGUCUACAAGCGUCCACAAAGCGUCUUCGCUGAGUCUUCUUCACCACAGUUAAAAGCGUCGAAAUCGAUUUGCAGUCGUCGCGUUGGGGAGGAGUGAAGCUGAGCAAAAUCAAGCGAAAAGAAAAGAAAACCGUAGAAAGUGUUUCGCAAGACGGAACUGGGCGCUUAGAGAGGCCAAUCAACAGUCGGUCCAGUCGUGCGCAGAGGUCAAACCUUGCGCAUUUCAAUCGUUAUACGUUGAACUCACGCCGCUGAACGCGUGUACGCCGACGUCUCAUCCACAAAGGUGUACAUAUUAGAUGCGCGCCGGAUAUAACGCUUCAAGCGAUUGUGCAAGCAGCUAAGCGGAGUGGCGAAGCGCCAGCAAACACCAGCGCAGCGCAGCAAAUCGAGCGUACGAACGAGCGCGCACAGGCCGCUGAAAAAGAAAGUCAAGCGCGCAUUGCAGUGAAAUUGUGCGAAUGCGGGCGCAAAGCGGAAAAUAAUAAAAUUGAAUUGGAAAAAAAAUUUGAAAUUCAAAAAAAAAACAAAAAUUUAUUGAAAAAAAAAAUAAUAAAAAAUAAAUAAAAUUUAGAAAAUAAAAUUAAAUUAAAGAAAAUAAAAUUUAAAAAUUUAAAAAUAAAUUUGAAAAAUAAAAAUAAAUUUAAAAACAAAAAUAAAUUAAAGAAAAAAAAAAUAAAAGUAAAAACAUAAAGCAAUCAAAACAGCGCUUUGUCGCAUCUGCUUUUCGGUGUUAUACAACUCAAGUGAUUUUUUUUUUUGAAACGCCCUUUUUUUGAAAGUUGCGCUUUUUGACAUUAUUUAUUGGCAACCAACGCGAAAAAACACGAAAAUAAAUUAAAAAAUAAAAAUACCUACACACACACACUUAAAGGCAAGCAGCAUAGCGACGUGACAACAACAAUGGCGAACCUUAACAACAACAACAACAACAAGCGCGCUGCAGCGAAAGUAAUUGCAACAUGCCUCAUCUUAAGCGUUUCCAUGCAAAUGUGUUGCGGCUCGGCGAUACCGAUUUGGGAAUUUUUAACGCGCAACGAAAAGAUGUCGUACCUCUACUCGACGUUCGGUCAAUUGGUCAGCGUGCACUGCAAAGCCACCGCCGCCAGCACAGCGAAGCCAGUGAACGAGUGCAAGCGCGACUUGCUCGCCUAUGGCUAUGAGAAACUACAAACGUUCAGCGACGCACAGUUGGAUCUGCUGGAUCCCUAUCAACGGGCUGCCAAUGAACUUAUUUGGUCUUCCAUCAUGCGCAAUCACGCAAGCUCAACGCUGAUCACCACACGCAAACCCUUGCCAACACCACCCGACUCGUCACUUAUCAUCCUCACGCAUCAAAAGCCUGCCAAUACAGCCGGUUCGACCAACACACACAGCCAAAAUCCACUCUUCGACGGCGAAGCCGACAACAAGCACCAAUUCGCAAUGGACAUGGAUAUUACCUAUGGCUAUGCUAAUGGACAGAUAGAUAAUCAAAAGUCCUCCACUGAGACCUUCCUCAGUGGACCGCUAGUGUUUCGUGUACGUCCUGAUGGCAGCCCAGUUGAGGAGGAUCAACAUAAGCCGCUGCCACGUGAUGAUGACUUAGAAGCCUAUCAAUUAGCUGGCACCACGGUUGGUAAUGGCGCCACUGCUGCAGCCAACAGUGCCGCUCAGGCAACAACAGUGAUUGGAGGACAGCCGAAACAUCGCAAAAUCGCCAUGAUCAGUGAUCUUAAACAGCAGCAUUUGGCCUCAUUGGCUUUGCAGCGCGAUUUGCAACCACCUUAUGAACCGGCACGCUUGCGCCGUCAACCAGAACAGAGCGUAGCUACUGCUGGACGUGCAAUUCCACUGACACAAUCGUUCCACGCUCUGCCCUUUGCUGGCUACUACUAUGCCAAGGGUCAGGCGUAAAAUUGCAUUGAGCGCAGAUGGAAGAGGAGUGCAGAGAGGAGAGAGUGCUCGUUUAUGCGAAAAUAGAAGAAAAGUAGCUUAGAGAAUCAGCGUUAAGCUUAUUUUGUUGUAGAAUUCAGGCGAAUUUUUAUCAGCCUUUGAUACAGUUUAUGUAUGAAAUUGCUGCCUAGAAUUCGAAUCAAAUUAAAUGAAUUAUGUUAUAUUCUUUGGAAAAGUAGUUUUCUAAAAUCAUCAUCUAUCAUUCAUAAAUUACAUUAUUUACCACAAUGAAUAUAAUUUAAAGUUUAGUUAGUAAAAUUAUUGGUGUGCAUGAGCUUGUGUCUGUAUUUUUUUAUACAUGUGUAUAUGUGGUAAUACUUGUAAAUUAUUUUUAAGUUAAAUUCUUUAAAUUUGUUUGAAUAUUUAUAGCUUUAAGACAAAAAUCUUAUUUUAUAAAUCUAUAGACUUACUUGUGGUACUCUAUUGAAUUUGUACAUCU